AUGUGUGACAUGGAACGGGAAUUCGACUGUUUGGUGACGUUCGUCGCGGACACCGUGGUCCGGUGGUCGUGCCGCCGUGGAGGCAUCCGGGUGGACACUUUGCAACAGGCGCUGUGCGAGCGGUACGGACCAGAACACUUCCGCCGGAAGCGCAACGCCGACAUGCUGGCCGAGGCCGUCGAAUAUCUGAUCUACACGAACAGAGUGAGCUUGAGUUGUUGCGAAGGUGGAGACCCGCGUCCAUGA